AUGAGCGAGAACGUAUCCAAGCAGAUGCAGCUGCGCCGAUUAAUCCUGAGAGCUCUCGAUAAUUUCAAAAGAAUCAGAAAGAGCAUUCUGACUCCAGCGAAAGUUCGCUCACGGAUAUCUAUGCUGAAAGAUACAUGGAGUCGAUUCCUUGACGGUUAUGUGAUACUCUGCAAGGUAAUUUCUGAGACGUCGCAACCAUCACUCGACUACUUCCAAGACGAGGUGUUUGAAACUACGGAAGACGCCUUCCAGACAACAUUGAACUUCAUGGCGGAAAAUCUCGAAGAAUUGGAACCGCCCGUAAGUCCGAACUCUUCACUCGAACACACGUUGUCCCGCGCUUUUAAGUCCGCGUUAUCCAUCAAUCAUUUACCUCCCAUCAGCUUGCCACCGUUUGAACAAUGGAAGUCAUUUCGAAAUCGCUUUACCGCACUCAUUAUCGAAAAUCGCGAUCUCAGCAAUGUAAAGCGGAUGCAUUUCCUAACUUCGUGUGUCACCGGUCGGGCUUGCGACUGCAUUCGAGAUUUACCAGUGACCGCCGAUAAUUUCGAACCCGCAUGGUUAAUGUUAACCACUCGGUUUGAGAAUAAACGACGAAUUCUCAAUGGACAUUUCACGUCGUUGCUCAAUUUGCCGGUAAUCGCUCGAGAGUCGGCUGCAGAGUUAGCUUCUCUUUGCGAUAAAGUGAAAGUCGCCGUCGCUCCUAUAAACAAUGUGAAUCGAAGCUCCGAACAACUUUGGGACGACAUUCUCGUGCACAUUAUCGUCGGUAAAUUAGAUCCGAUAACGCGCAAAACAUGGACUCUCCAAACAGGGGAAGACAACGAUCUACCGUCGUACGGUGAUCUCAGUCGAUUUAUUUCAAGAGCUCGCGUUCGAGCUCUCGAGGACUUUGCAACAGAUUCUCCGAGCAAAAUUAUUUCCCGGGCCAGCGUCGCGACCGCAUCUACUGUCAUUCAAUGUCCUUUAUGUAAAGAAAACCAUCUGUUCAGCGCAUAUCCAUUGUUCAUCAGGCGAAAUAUAAAUCAACGCCGAGAAUUAGUGUCGCGGCACCGCCAGUGUUUUAAUUGUCUAAGCGAUAAACACUCGAUCAAAGAUUGCAAAAGCAAGUAUUCGUGUCGCAUAUGUCAACGCAAGCACCAUACACUUUUACACAUGGAAGCGAGCGCGAGCAAAAAACCUCGAUCCCCGGAUUCGACCUCAGGCUCGUCGAGCAUGAUCGAGUCCAUUCCGUCGUCAUCACAAGCCGCCCCUCCGCACCUUGCCGCAAACUCGCUUCUCGCGUCAACAUGCGUCCAUUCUAAUACGCAGGUGCUACUGGCUAUUGCGUGGGUAACAGUUAGCGUCGAAUCCGGUCGCUCCGUUACUGUCAGAGCCUUGCUCGAUCAGGGCUCUGAAAUUACAUUUAUUUCGGAGAGUUUAGCUCAACUCCUCCGAGUUAAACGAGUGCGUAUGCCCGUUACCGUGUCCGCCGUCGGCUGCGUUACCGCCGGUACCUUUUGGCAAGCUGCGAACAUUUUCGUUUCUCCUCGCAAUUCGCUAAGUCCAGUAAUCUCUACCGUCGCUUCUAUACUCCCCAGUCUCACGUCAUACGCGCCAAAACGAAUAGCGGAUAUUUCGUCGUGUUCGCAUCUCACUGACUUGCAGUGGGCCGAUUCGGAUCCCAUGAGCAUUGCGCCAAUUAGUCUCAUUCUCGGUGCUGAUCUGUACAGCAGUAUCAUUUUGGAAGGGUUACGUAAGGGCGACCCUCGACAACCGGUCGCGCAAAAUACCAUUUUUGGCUGA